AUGGCUAAAUUAAAUUGUAAUUUAGAAGUUUCUUUUCAUCAGUGCCAAGAGACUGAUAUAAAUUAUUAUUAUCCUCCAAAUUCACCUACUCUGACACAAAAGCUGGAUAUUCCGCAAACUCCGGACCAUAUUACUAAAAUAGUAACUAUUACACCAGAAAUAAUAAGGCCAUAUCCAAAAGCUGUACCCCGAAAGACAACACGGCGUGGACGACAACCUGGAAAAACAAAAAUUUUAACAAAAACUCCUGAAAAAAUUACAGAUGAUUCAAAUGAAAUCCUUAAGAAAACAACAACUAAGGCCAAAGGCUCCGACGUAAAACGUGAACAUCAUUUGAAAUUCAGACGAAAAGAGCGUAAGACUUUAAUGGUGUGGAGUUUUAUUGCAUGGCCGUUUGCUUUCCAACACGGAGGGGCCUUAAGUUAUGCUAUUUCACAAAGAUGGAGCAUCAAUUCGCAAGCAAAUGAUUCUUCUAAUAUAAAUAGCCGGAACAGUAAUAUGCAAGUACAGGAUAAUUUUCAAAACGUUAUAAAUUGCAACGAUAAUUACGGGCAGGAUUACUCUGAAAACGAUUAUGAAGAUAGAGGUUAUGAAGAUAGAGGUUAUGAAGAAUUAAACGACUCAUCAGGACCCUCCAUGCAAUAUUGUAACUACGGUUACAAGGAAGACUAUUAUGAAAUGAGAAACACACACCCUUGUGAUAGUCUUAUGAAUAACGUGUAA